UACGAAACUUUCCCUUUAAAUUGACAUUUCCUUUUUUUUUUUCUUUCUUAAAAUAAUUCUUCACUGUAUUAUACGGAGGGAGAGACCCUAAGCCCUCUUAACCCAUGGGAGAAAGCUAUAGAGUCUUCAGUUCAAUCGAAAAGGGAAAAGGCACUUCUAAGGAAGAGAUUACUUCUGUCACUAUGGAUACCAAAAUGUUGGAUACUGCCUUCGAAGAUGCAAUCAGCUGUCUCCCUCAUGAGGUUCUAGGCGACAUCUUGUCCAGAGUUCCGACCAAACUGGCUGCUUCAACAUCUCUUCUCUCAAAAAAGUGGAGGAAUGUGUUUGCAUUGGUGCAUAAUCUCGAUUUUGAUAAUUCUGUCUUCCUGCAACCGGAAGAUGGUAAGCGAGAGAGGGACGAGAUCCGGGAGUGCUUCAGGAACUUUGUCGAUAGAACACUGGCUUUGCAAUGCGCUUCUCCGCUCAAGAAGUUCUCUCUAAAAUAUCACAUUGGCGAUGACAGUGAG